AAUAUUCCAAUGCUCGUUAUCAAACAAUUCUUAUCAUUAUUUUCCACACGUAUUUUUGUCUACAUAAUAGGUUUAUAUUUAGCAUAUGUAUUGGCUAUCUUAUUUUUAUAUCUCAUUCCAAUCGAUUUAAAAAUCGCAUGCACAUCUUAAUUUUUAAUAAAACCUCUACGCUUUCAGCUUAGUUUAUACAUCAAGGCAUGAAGUUUAACAUGGUCCUCAGUGCUGCAAUGACAGUUAUGAGUACGGUCACGUCAGUUGUGGGCGCAGGCAUUAAACUUGGCUACUAUCCAUCAUGGCAAGCCACAAACAUUGUCGGAUUGGACUUUUCCAAGUAUACACACAUUAAUAUGGCAUUCGGCAUUCCCAACGAUGAUGGUUCCAUUGCCUACAAUGGCAUAGCAACACUCGAAGGUGAUGUUGCUGCCAUCCAAGCCAAGAACACCAAGGCUCUUUUAUCUGUCGGCGGCUGGUCAGGCUCCUCCAAGAUAUCUACUAUUCUCAAGGACAAUACUAUACGCUCUACUUUUCUAAACGCCAUGGUAGACUUUAUUAAGACAUAUAAUCUUGACGGCAUCGAUAUUGACUGGGAGUAUCCAGGCCGCCUGGGCAAUGCGUGUAAUGCUUUUGACGAGGUGAACGACACUCCGAACUUUCUUACCUUCCUGCAAGAUCUGCGUGCCGAGCUUGAUUCUCAGUUUGGCGACCGCACCAAGCUAAUCACCAUGGCUGUCUAUGUGGAACCAUUCCACAUCAAUGGCGUACCGUCCGAUGUUACCGAGUUUGCCAAGGUUGUAGACUUUGCCAAUCUCAUGCAGUACGACAUCAACGGUGCUUGGAACCCAGAGACUGGUCCCAAUGGACCUUUUGACUUUGAGCAAGGCAAAGGCACACCCUUUUCGUUUGUCUCCGCCAUUGAUGCAUGGACAGGUAAUGGUUGGCCUGCAAAUCAGCUGACUGGUGGUGUUGCAUUCUACGGAAGAUCGACAACAGCUACAGUCGACAUGACCCUGGACCCAGAGAACCAAUACCAGGCGCAGUCCAAAGUGGUGCCAUUGGGUGAUUCUGAUGACGCUGAAUGGUUGGAUGUUUGUGCCGGGGCUACUUCAGUCAGUGGCAAUUGGAAGUGGAAGAACCUGCGGAGCCAGGGUGUUCUUACCGACCCCGAAACUGCUGCUUUGCCAUGGGUACGCCACUGGGAUCCAAUCUCCCAGACACCAUGGCUGUUCAACCCAGAGACAAAGGUUUUUAUUUCAUAUGAUGACCCCAAGAGCAUCAAGAUUAAGAUGGACUAUGCCCAGUCCAAGGGACUUGCUGGCCUUAUGCUAUGGUCGAUGGAAAUGGACUACAAAGGCGAGCUUGUCGACUUGCUGAAUACUUGGGUAGAAGGCAGUGGAGCUAAGUCCAAUAUAAAAUCCAAUUCCUCAGCUAACAGUAUUUCUAGUCAAAUAUCUUCAGCAAACACUAGUUCAGCAGUUGGGGCACAAAGCACCGCUAGUCGAAUAUCUUCAGCAGACAACAACGACAACGAAGACGACAAUGACGAUAACGAUGACAAUGACGAUGAAAACGACGAUGAAAACGACGACGACGACGACGACGGCGACGAUAACGAUGAGAACGAUGACAACGAUGACGACGAUGACGACGACAAUGACGAUGACAAUGAUGAUGACGACGACGACGACAAUGACGACGACGACGGCGAUGACGACGACGACGACAAUGACGACGACGACGGCGAUGACGACGACGACGACGACGGCGACGAUAACGAUGAGAACGACGACGAUGACGACGAUGACGACGAUGACGACAAUGACGAUGACAAUGACGAUGACGACGACGAUGACGACGACGACGACGACGGCGACGAUAACGAUGAGAACGACGACGACGACGACAAUGACGAUGACAAUGACGAUGACGACGACGAUGACGACGACGACGACGACGACGACGGCGACGAUAACGAUGAGAACGAUGACGACAAUGACGACGACGACGGCGAUGACGACAAUGACGAUGACAAUGACGAUGACGACGGCGACGAUAACGAUGAGAACGACGACGACGGCGACGAUAACGAUGAGAACGACGACGGAUAACGAUGAGAACGACGACGACGGCGACGAUAACGAUGAGAACGACGACGAUGACGACGACGACGACGACGGCGACGAUAACGACGACGAUGUGACGAUGACGAUGAUGAUGAUGAACGACGACGCCAAUGACGACAACGACGACGUAUAUGUUCAGUGGAUAGUGAGUUCAAGUGUGAGGAUGAUGAAAUCCAAAGUUCUACUUAUUAUGUGUGCAAUCUUGGCAAGUGGAUAGCAUGCACAUGUGACAUAGAUACAGUUUGCCUAAUGAACAAUUGUACUUUAUCUUGUGCCGUCCCUGGACCAUGAGCUUUAAUUAUUUAUAUUAAUUAUUUGACAUUACCAAUAUAUGUAGUGUGCUUGGUUUUUGUAUUGAGC